AUGAAAUUUAUAUCGUUUUUAUUAAUAAUUACAUUCGCAACUGGGCACUUAUAAUUAUUAGAUGAUUUAAAAUAAACUUCAUUUGGAUAAUCAUUAGAACAGACUAUCUUACUGCAACUUCAGUAUGAUGAGAAUAAAUUGAAAUCAAUUUUGUAAGAGAUUUAUAGUUCUAUGAAUGAAGAAUAGAUUAUCGAUGAUGCUAAUUUCAGACAAGAAUAUGAAAAUUGCAAUACUAAUGAUUUAUAACAUGAUAUCAUUGCAAUCAAGUAUGAGGAAUCAUCCAUAAAAUAAAAAAUGAAAUUGUUAAAUAAUUCAUUCGAAUUAUAAGUUUCCUAAUAAAAACAAAAAGAACUACAAUUUAAUUAAGAAUAACUUAAUUAAUACAAUAAAUAAAUGGAGUAAGAGAAAGAAAAUCAAGUUCAAAAUCUCAAAGAAUGUGAUGAACUAUUGGAACUCCUACAAUAUCUAAGAUUCUAAUUUGAAAAGAAAGUGUUGAGUUAACUUAGCAAUCAGAAGAGCCAAUACUUAUUGCAAUUAAAAUAAGAGAUGCAAGAGCAUAUAAAAGUUAUUAACAAAAUGAUAAAAAAGCAAGCAUAUAAUAAUUUUAUUAAGCUCUUAAUAUCUUAGUUUGAAAAACAGGAUUAAAAUUUUGAAAAGUUACAUAAAAUAAUCCUCCAAAUACAAGAAAUAAUUGAGUAAAAUAGAAAUUAAAUAAGAAAGCAAUUUGAUGAAAAUAUGAAUCAUUUCUAAACAAACAUCAAUUAUUAUCAAUAAAAUAUCUAAUAAAUUUAACAGGAAAUCGAAGUAUUACAAGAAUAAUAAGUAUAAAUUGAAAAAGAACUGAAAUAUUUCUAAGAAUAAUUGAAUAAGAUUACAGAGAUCUAUGAAAUUAAGAAUUAAUUGUAGAUUGAUAAAGACAACAUGUGUAAAUCCUUGGCUGAAGACUAUAAUGAUUAUAGAAAUUUCAGAAAUAGCUAAAUUUAAUAAUUGGUGAAUAUUUUAAAUCUUGUCGAAAGAGAUCUGUUUUUGAUUAAAGAUCAUUAUGUAUUAAAUGGAUAAUUGAGAUAAUGA